AUGCCUUGGAAAUCCGACAAAUGGGAGCUGCCAGAAGGCAUUCAGAGCACACUUUUGGGUGGCUGUGACAGUGACAAAAGUGUUGCACAUCACUUGGUGUUCCAACUCAACAAACAAUGCGAACAUUUCAGGUCCGGCAAGUCAGGCUUUAGUGCCUGCAAGUGUUGGGAUAAAGAUGCAGUUGUCCCUGAGGAAACUGUCCAAUGGUUUUCCGUGUAUCAACGCACCACCAAGCCUGGCCGUCAUCUCUUGCUGCAGCGAGUGAAAGAUGAUAUGGAUCAGUUCCUGAAGCAAACUGGCCGGGAAAGGAUCAGUGCAAAGGUACAAAUUCCUGGAAUGCCUCAUCACAUUUGUUUGCCCAAACUCUGUGUUCUUCUGGACAAUGAACUGAGCUGCAAGAAGAUCCAAAAUGGGCCAACAAGCAAAAAUUGGGAAAAGGUGCUCGACACAAUUCCAAACGCAGAAGAUCCUGCUACGGUCCCUUGGUGCCGCCCCUUUGAUAAGAUUGCCAAACGGAACCACAAGCCAAACACCGAAUUGAAAGCCCAUGAAAAGGGGCUCCCUGAGGCUGCUUUCAAACCCCUCAUUCUCAGGCUGAAUCACAAGAACGGCUAUAUUACAGUGCGCAAGUCAAUGGAACGGCGUAAACAGAAGCGAGCACAACAACAACCAGCAGAAAUGCAGCAGCAACCACAACAACCAGCAAACAAAAGGGCCAAAUCUUCACCCGAAUUCCCACCCAUACAUGACUACGACAAUGAUCAACACAUCAACAUUGACGUCCUUGAGAAAAUUCAUCAAAAGCUCAAAGGUGAAUCAGUGUCCCAUCAACGCACAACCAUCAAGGCCCUACUAGGCCACGGCGGAGGAGAUAAUAAUAAUGGGAAGAAACCUCACGAAAGCUUCCUGUGGUCUACCAAAAACGACCUUCUCCAAGAUGUCGUGGAAGACACUUACAAGGAGCUUGGAAAACGCGUCAACUUUGUUUACCAUGCCAUUACAAGCAAAAAUUGCCUGUUGAGUGAGGACCAAAAGAAGGAAUGGAAAAAGAUGAUUGAAAAGUGCAAGACGGAACCAGACUUUCUCAAGAAAAACUAUGAGGCCAUUCUCGACCAGAAAAAUAAAGACUACUACAACCAUGUCAUUGCUGGGCAGCAUCCAUUUGAAGGAUGCUUUGGGGCAGCUGCACAUCAUCAGCAGAGGGAGGGGCAAUUCGAUUUGACAUAUUACCCGGCACACAUGGAAGAAAGCGUUGAUGGGAUUGUCAUGUUCUGGUCCAUGCAGGAGACAAUCCCUCCAAACCAACAAACCAAGAGUUACACUCUGGUUGCCAUUCCAGAUGAAGCAAAGGAACCAUUCUUUGACACAACAGAGAGCUACGCCAGCUACGUUCGUUACAAGAAGUCACUGUCCGAAAAAGAGCAGCAACAGGUGCAAGAGGUGGAAUUCGAAUUCAUCAGUACUCUCAACACUUACGAUCAGAAACACCCCAACGAACAUCGUUGCUACCGCAUCAUGGUGUAUGAGCUGGUGGGUGGUACCAGACUUGUCUUUGCUGCUGGCAAGUACCCCCAAACUACGAUCAUCCCAGGCCGGGGGAAAUCAGCAGGAGCUCAAGAAAAUGACAGUGUAAAAGCUGCUCUUAAUACGUUUCCUCGGUCCAUGCUGGUAAUGCAUCAAUUGGAACUCUCAAGCAGCAGCCCCCAAUCCCGCACAUAA